UUAAUCACAUGUAUGAGUUGUCAGGAAGAAGAAACAAUAGAGGUUCUUAGGCCAGAGCUGAGAACGCGACCCUAUGGGCGAUGAAUGAUGCCGCUGCGCGAGCGAAGUGUCCGCAGGUGACUCACCUGCGCGAACCGGUCGCGUGCCCGCGCUUAAACGAGUCAUGCAAAAUACAGUCCUCGUAUCCGGAGCAAUGAGUAAAGAAGCAGGAUACGGAUCAGGAAUGGAAGAGUAGCUGGGUACACCUGAUCCGUGCAUGCCAUGGGGAACUGCUGGGCUCAGUGUUUUGGGCUCUUUAGAAGGGAAGCAAACAGGAUACAAAGAGGAGGAGGGUCUAAGUACUUCAGAAGUACCACUGCUGGGGAACAUUAUACCAUUGAGUUUGAGAACCUUGUGGAGAGCGACGAGGGUGAGAGCUCGCAAAGCUGCCCCAGACCUAUUAGCGAAGAGGAGAUCAGCCACUUGAAAGAGCAACGCUAUGCUGCCAUCACAGACCAACAAGCCCUGAUCGACAAAAAGCUGAAUGCUGAGUUAGUGGCAGAAGAGGAGAAGUUAAGGCUAGAAGAGGAGGCUGUUUUUGCAGCCCAGCGCGAGGCAGCGCGGCUCGCUAAGGAACGAAAGCUAAAGGAGGGGAAGCAGCAGCCGCAGAGGACCAAACCCAGAUCAGAACCAGAGAGCGAUGACCCUCGGCACAAACCCAAAGCGUCGGAUGGAGAGUUCGAGGUGUACCUGCAGAGUGUGAAGGCUCAAUCUGAAGCAUUUCGCGGAAACAGACUCAGCUCUGAGACGAAUGUGGUGACCCCGAACACCGAGAGCAGCUGGGACUUCACCAGUAAGACUGACGCCACAUCACUGGACCUGGAGUGGGAGGAUGAGGAGGGAAUGAACCGAAUGGGUCCUGCGUGGGAACGUUCCAAAACGGAGGAGGACAUUUUACGAGCGGCGCUCCGUCCUGGCGGGAAACAGCUGGACAGCGGCCCCACCUCCACCUCUGAGGACUCCAACGCUCUGGAGUGGGAGAACGACUUUGUCAGCGCACAUCCUGAGGACAGUGGUGACCAUGGCGACGAGGACUUUGAGGGAUUUGUUAAUCCAGUACUGGACACGCCCACUGAGGAGGCGGAGCAUAAGGCCAGCUCUGACCAGCAAGAGAGAUAGUCUACGGCAAGAGACAGUGAGACUGCAGCGAUUUCAAAUGCCUCAUUCCAAUUCAGUGUGAUGUGACUGCGGACGGUCAGUUCAAAUUAAUGUAUUAAAUGAAAUUCAUAAUUCUCAGUGUGAGAGAAAAUACAAGGAACAGAAAUGCU